AUGGCCUCAAGCACGUGGCUCAUCCCACCAGGGAUAACCUUCACCCCUGAUGGCAUCAUCCGGCUAGGAACAGUAAUUAAAGACUUCAUGCGGCCGACCCUGAUUUUGUUAGAGCCCGAGGCUCUUACUCUUACAAAUCCCAAAUUAAGCAUCCCUCCCAUCGAGAUCGUGCCUGAGAAGAACCAUAAGUACUCCCGCAGCCUCAACAGCUCUGGCGGCGCCAAAUUUCUUGAUCUCGCCUCGGCAUCCCUUCGUCUCGAGCUGAGAAAACGUUACAGGCUUGAUUAUGGCUCUGUUGAUCAUGAUAUUCACCAGUUCCAAAGAUCUCUGACGCCGGAGGCUCUCGAAGCCAUCGUGAACCAGCCAGCGGUUCGCCAACACAUGGAUACUGGGCUCUAUGGAAAGCGCCCCGUGUACAUCGUCUCCGGACUUCGAGUCACCAAGACCGGCAUGGCUGUGACGAUGGAAAAGGGCUACACCCGGGCCGGAGGCAUCUCUGCAGGCGUGUCAGGCAUAGCCCCAGCAGAGAUCGGUGUAGACAUUCACAGGGGGAGAAAGAAGGACAAUGUUGACUCGUGGGAGACGGCACCAGGUAUAAUUUUCGCAUACAUUCUCCAUGUCAUACGCGAGAAAGGGGCCGGAAACGUGGAGACGGAGAUUUUCCCGCACAGGACAGCAUUCAUGACGGGAAUUGGAGAAGAACAUGUAGAGAUGGAAUUGGCAAAAGUGCUACUCGAGGACCUGCUCGAAGAUCCAGAAGAAAAUUCGGAUUUGGUCAAGCACAACAUCGGACAAGAUACAUGUAUCUCUUUUGCGCCAUCUAGGGAGGCGUAAACAUAGAAUUGGCCUUGAUUAAACUAUA